AUGAACUCGACGCUGUACUCCCUUCUCUUCUGCACACUCGCCGCCACCGUCAUGGCACAACAGCUAAUCUCGGAGGAGGACCCGAGCGCCGAGAAGCGCAUGCGCCAGUUCGCCUUCGCCAAGCGGAGUCCCAUGAGGUUCGCCUUCGCCAAGCGAUCGGCCGUUGAGGGGUUCUCUGACGACGAGGAACCAUCCGAGGAGAAGCGCGCCAUGUACGGAUUCGCCAAGCGCUACCCAUCCCGAUUCGCGUUCGCCAAGCGUGGAGGCCUCAACCGCUUCGCCUUCGCCAAGCGCGCCCGGUUCGCCUUCGCC